CUGUUGGAAAGUUUCUUCUCCAUUGUCUGAUUGUGCCUUUUCAUCAUACCCAUCGUCGCCUUCGCCUCGCCUUGCUUCUUGUCCUUCUCGACUACAUAUUCCUCACAUUUCAUGUUCGACAGAGUCAACAGGUAGCGUUCCGACGUCCCGUUGGUCAGGCGCAGUAGCAAUGCUCGCGCGAGCAGCGCAGAGAAGGCUCCGGACUCGCCAUCAUCAGAACAAGCAGAUAUCCGCUGCUGCAUGCCACCGGAUUCAUCCGUCAUGGCUGUGUCUGCCUCAAUCGCGGUGGCUGGCCUCGAGCUCGCUCUCGUCACCGUCGCAACCCCUGGACCUGAUCCGGCACCCUUCCAGUGCUCGCACCAGCGCUGGUCGUAGCGUGUCGAGAAGUCUAGCUACAGUUCAAAUCACAUCACGACAGGAAUCGCCCAUCUACAUGCCCAAUGCUUCGUCGUCGUCAUCGUCGUCAUCUCCAUCGUCGUCAUCCUCGACACCAGCGUUACGAUUCACGGAGCUUAGACCACAUGACGAGACAGGCAUCCUUAUUCUGACACAUUCAGCAACGGCGCCUACGCCGAGCAUGACCAAGAGAAAUGGCAUUGGAGGAGACACCACGGAACUGCAUCAGAACCUACAUGCUUGUCUUUCAGUAGGACGCUUCGACAGAGCAGCAGCCAUCGUUCGCCGCCUUGCCGAUUUGUUCAACCCAACGACGCCUGAACUCAUUGAAGCCCACAAUGUCUACCUCCGUGGUCUCACACACGCGCUUGCCGUGGGCCGUGCCGAACCCGCCUGGGUCAUGAAAAAAUUACGCUUUUGGUUUGAAGUGGAGAUGCGCGGAAAGGGCGUCGUAGUGAAUGGCACCACAUACGCCAUCAUCUGCAAAGCUGCCAUGCUAGCUCUCCCACGUGAUGUGAUGAUCAGAACGAUCCGGCGGUAUUUGCAUUUUGCCGAUCAGGACGGCGUUUUGGAGGAUGUGAUUGAGUCAGCAGAGCUCAGCGAACAAGAAUGGCAACUUCUUUCCAGCUUGCAGCAUGAAGUAUUCCCAGAACAUCUUCGUGCUGACGUGACUGGUGCGGAUGAAACCAUUUCUUCAUCUUCAGACACGGCUGCAUUGGACGUUUCGCCAGAGAAAAAGCAGGAUAGUCCGGAUUGGCUCCAUGUGAAACCUGUCAAUCAGAAAGGUCUUGGACUCCAAUCUCUCAAGGACAGUCUCAUCUCCAUCUAUAAUGUCGAUAGCGUCCCGUAUCCACAUGACAUGCCAGGCACGAAGGAAGAGAAGGAUCGUGCGUGGGCAGAGAUGCGUCAGAUCAAGCUCGAGGAAGAUGUAGUUGACGUGGCUCUCUCGCGCUGGAAGGAAGAACAUGAGCAUAUGCUGAAGAUGGGUAUCAACACUCAGCUAACUGGUCGGCCGAUGGAAGCAUUGCUAUGGCAAUGGCAAAAUUCGCUCGAGGCCGGAAUAAAGGAGGAGCUAGCUGAUGUGCAGAAGGCACUGUCCGAAGAUGGGGAAAAGGACCCGAAGAGAGCAGAGUAUGGACCUUACUUCGAAGCCGUCAAGCCAGAAAAAAUGGCGGGCAUUACGAUUUUGUUGACGCUACAGCACUCGAUCAAGGACGCUGCUGAAGGAACCAAACUCGCAUAUCUGGCGAAGAAAAUCGGGUCUCAAUUAGAACGAGAGGUUACUUUCAUGGGAAACUCAACAAAUGUUCGCUCGGCUAUGCGCAAAGAGGACUUGGAGAAGCGAAAGGCUCUUCUGAAGCGACUCGGCCGUCCUACGAAUGCGAAACGUGUCGAGCUUCCUGAACCAGUCGCUUCUGCGCGAAGUGACAUUGGUCCUUGGCCAACACACGUGCAGCUUCACAUAGGUGCACUUCUCCUCUCUAAACUUAUCGACACCGCAAUGGUUCCCGUUCCAAACACUGGAGACUCUCCCAUCGCCAUGGAACCGGCAUUUAAGCACACUCUCGAAUUUGAAAAGGGCAAGAAAAUAGGAAAGAUCCGACCUCAGGAGCAACUUCUCGCCAAGCUUGUGAAGACCCCCCUUCGGUCUACAGUUGGGAUGAACGGACACAUGCCUAUGCUAGUGCAGCCAAAGGCGUGGAAAGGCCUCAAAGACGGACCGUAUUAUAGGUACUCACCGCUGCUUGUUCGUCAUAAAGACGAAGACGAUGUGCAACUUAUGUACGCAAAGGCAGCAAGCGAGAAGGGCGACUUGAAGCAACUAUACGCAGGACUCGAUGUGCUGGGCAAGACAGCAUGGCGCAUAAACAAAAAUGUGUUGAAAGUCAUGCUUGAAGCAUGGAACUCAGGCGAGGCCAUCGCAGAUCUCGCACCAGAACAUCACAACAAAGAGUUUCCACCAGAACCGGACGCUUCGGCUAGCAAGGAGGUUCGCAGAGCCUGGCGCGCUGCUUGCCACAAGAUCGAAAACGAAAUAAGUGGCCUUCACUCGCAGCGAUGUUUUUCGAAUCUACAGCUUGAGGUGGCCAAGGCGUACGCAGACAAGACAUUCUACUAUCCGCACAAUAUCGACUUUCGAGGUCGAGCAUAUCCCGUCCCUCCCUUUUUGAACCAUAUGGGUGCGGAUUCGGCAAGAGGCUUACUCAUGUUCGACAAGGGUAAGCCGCUCGGCGAGCAGGGUCUGCGAUGGCUGAAGAUUCAUCUCUCGAAUCUUGCUGGAUUUGACAAGGCAAGCCUAGACGAGAGAGUGCAGUUUGCAGAACAGCAUAUGGACGACAUCAUGGACUCGGCCACGAAUGCUCUGAACGGGCGGAGAUGGUGGCUUGAAGCCGAGGAUCCGUGGCAGUGCUUGGCUGCAUGCUUCGAGCUCAAGGCUGCGAUGGAGCUACCCGACCCUACUGAAUAUGUCUCCCACAUUCCUGUUGCUCAGGACGGCAGCUGCAAUGGCCUGCAGCACUACGCUGCACUUGGUGGUGACAGUUUUGGCGCCGCCCAGGUGAAUCUCGAGCCUAGCGAUCGGCCAGCAGAUGUUUACAGCGGCGUGGCUAAUCUAGUGAAGGAAGCGAUUGCCAAAGACGCUGAGAACGGCGAACCCAUGGCAAAGGCUCUGCUGGGUAAGAUCUCGCGGAAAGUGGUCAAGCAGACAGUCAUGACCAACGUGUACGGUGUAACGUUUGUGGGUGCAAGAGCACAGGUACAACGGCAAUUGGACGCGAUUAUGGAUGGUAAAGCGGAAUGCGGCAUCGACAAUCACGUACUUGCAAGUUACAUCGCCAAAAAGAUCUUCAAGGCUCUGGCAACCAUGUUCGAAGGCGCGCACAACAUUCAGUAUUGGCUGGCUGAGUGCGCAGAUCGCAUCACACGUGCAAUCACACCGGAACAGAUCCGAUUAAUCAUUGAUCAGCGUGCGGGUAAAGCCCCAGUCAUUUCGUCGAAGUACAAGGACGCUGCAUGGAAAUACUGGGCCACCAAGAAUGCCAAGCGUACGGGCGAGGUGAAGAGUGUUGAUUUCCGCACAAGUGUCAUUUGGACGACGCCGUUGAAACUUCCUGUCGUGCAGCCGUACCGGUCUGCUAAGGGCAGGGAUGUCACGACAAGUCUGCAGAACAUCAGCUUCAAAGAGCCACGUGCGUACGAUCCUGUCAAUCGACGAAGGCAGUUGCAGGCUUUCCCGCCAAACUUCGUUCAUUCGCUCGAUGCGACGCAUAUGCUACUUUCAGCUCUUCAAUGCGACGAAGCCGGUCUUACGUUCGCAGCAGUACAUGACUCGUUUUGGACUCAUGCUGCAGAUGUAGGAACGAUGGGGGCCAUCUUGCGGGAUGCGUUUGUCACCAUGCACAGCGACGACAUUAUAGGUCGCCUCGCAUCAGAGUUCAAAGCUCGUUAUAAGAACUCUCUUCACUUGGCCACAGUCUAUGCACGCUCUCCUGUGGGCCAACGAAUCUUGGAGCAUCGAAGAAAGGUGGCGAAUGUCACACGAGGUGACGGCCGCGAAUGGAAAGGCAGUACGCUUAAGACAAGGACGCUUCAGAACGAAUUGCUUGAAGAGUGGGAAAGGCAAAAUCUCUUGCAGUCCUCUGAUCCAGAAGAAAGGGCAAAGGGUGAAGCUAUGAUGACACCUGGCGCUAUCUUCAUAGCCGCAGUGAAUAAUCCUGAGGAUUUUAAAGUACCAGCUUCGCCGUCAUCCGGUUCAAGUCCCAGCGACAACACCUCGCCAGACGCGGCGCUUGAGCAAGCCAUCGAGGCUGGAUUGUCCGAAGUUGAGUCCGCGGAGCGUCAAGAAGUGGACGACGACGACGACCCGUAUGCGAUUGAGGGUGAAGAAAAGGGCAUCAACAUUUUUGCCAAGAUUGCGAAACGAAUGAAUCGCAAAAGCACGGAACGAAAGAUCUGUGUCUGGGCACCGCUUAUGUUUCCUGAAGUACCGAAAAAGGGCGAGUUCGACGUUCGCAGAGUGAGGGAGAGCACGUAUUUCUUUGCAUGAACGCACCAUUACUUCAUCUUUGCGUAUCGAGGUUGGAAUUCUGCUAAAACUUUUGAGGCAAAAAUGGGAGAAGGGGGCAUAAAAGGCGCAUCUCUGGCAUUCACUGUAGCAUAUCAUUUCUCCGCGUGGGGAUAUACCCUGGGGCCCAAAGGCUCUGCCAUGUCUGACUUGUAUAAAAUAUCUGUUGUAGUAAUAUAUUUUGGGGCACCAGGGAUUAUAGAUCUAGAUGAGAAUGCCGCCUUUUCGUCGGCUUACAUGGCCGACUGUUGUUCAACAAUUGAAC